UGGUGUGUUGUGCUGCUGGCUUGAUUGAGAUGUGUCAAAACAAUUAAUGAUUCAGUGUGUUAAAGUUAAAGCUGUUCUAUACUUUAGAUCUAUUCUAUAGUAUAGGCUAUAUAGAUAAAUAGAUCUAUAUUAUAGUAUAUAUAGUCUAGGUCUAGGGGCUAAUUAUCUAGUGGAAUAUUUCAUACAGACUAUUAAUUUAUUAAUAAUAAAUAGUCAUCAAUUAUAAUAAUAAUCAAUAGUGUUUUUGUGUUAAUUUUAAAACAUGGCUGGAGAAGAGAGUUUACAAGUACUGGAAAAGAGGAUUGCUGAUCUAGAGUUGUUGGUAUUCGGUAAUUCCGAAAAAGAUGCUGAUUAUCCUAAAAAUAAAGCCAAUAAAAUUCAGUGUCUUGAAAGUUUGCUGGAGAUACAAAACAAGAUAACAACUUCACUAUCUGGGAAAAAAAAGGCUGCUGCUCUAUAUGAAAAAUUACCAGAACUAAAAAAAUAUUUGGAUCACGCAUAUGUAGAAGAGCUUCUAUUAACAGAAGAUGCACGGCUUGAGUCACUUCUUGCAGAAUAUGACUUCUUGGAAAAACAGUGUGGGUUGUGGCAAAAGCUGUCGGAAAAUGAAACUAAUAUUAAUAGUGAACACAUUCAAGCUGUCCCCAAACUUGUGGAUAAACUGCAAACCUUAAGUCUGGCACAGAUUUCACAGCAGGAUGAUAUCUCUAAUCUUACUGAGGAGACCCGUAGAUUACUCAACACAUACAAUACAAUUAUAACUCUCUUCUCUAAACAAUUUGUCAUGUGGGAUGAAACAUUGAUACAACUUGAACUUCAAGCUAAGCAGAAAAAGAUGGCCAAUUGAUAACAAAUGAUCUCCCGAUAGUUUUGCUUAAUUAUUAACAUUAUCAUUUUUUGUGUAUUUAUAUUAAUUUUCAUGUGCAAUAUUCCAAAUUUAGUUUUUAAAAAAAAAUUUCUUAAUGACAUUCAUUUCAAUAAUACUAACUCUUGGGAGAGGUGAAAGACUACAACACUAUUUAGUUAAGUCUUCUUUUUAAUAAUGUGAAACAAAAUAAACUUCAAUUGUAUGUUAAAAGCA